UCCCGCUCAAGGAGGUCCCGCCCAAGGAGGGUGGAACAGCCGGUCCAACGUCGGCGGUGGAGCUCCACCUCCCAGGAAUCAGAACCAAAGUUCGGGCUGGACAUCCGGCCCGAUUCCCGAAGUCCCCGGAGCCGCGGUGGACUCCCUGGAGCCCAGCGGCUGGGAAGAGCCCUCCCCUCAGUCCAUCAGCCGCAAGAUGGAGAUCGACGACGGCACGUCAGCCUGGGGAGACCCGACCCGCUACAAAAGCAAGAAUGUGAAUCUGUGGGACAAAAAGAAUGCUACGCCUGGUCAGCAGGCCCCCCCACCAUCCAUCCAACAACAACAACAACAACAACAACAACCACCACCACCCAGAAGGCAGCAGGGGAUGCAGCACAGCAGGGACGUAAACCCUGGCAAUACUGCAGCAGGUCCAGGCAUGUGGGGAGGAGGUUCACAGUCUGCGGAUAACGGUGCGAAUACCUGGGGUCAGUCGUCGGAUGCAUCGUCGGGCUGGGGGGAACCAGAGGAACCCAGCAAAUCUUCUGGCUGGGGGAACCCUUCACCUAACCCUGGCAAACCUGGCAACAAGUCCAUGGAGGGCUGGGGAGGGAAGGGAGAGAGCUCUGUUGCAGCUUCCCGUCACCCCAGCUGGGACGAGGAGGACGAUGGAGGGGGAGGAGUCUGGAACAGCAGCGGCUCCCAAGGGAACAACUCCUCCUAUAACUCUGGAGGCUGGGGUCAGAGUCACGGAGGAAAGAGGGGCAACAUGAAGAGCGGAGGAGGGGACAGCUGGAUGAACCCAGUGUCACGUCAGUUUUCAAACAUGGGUCUUAUGGGUGAUGACCCAAGUCUGGACAAAAAGAUGGAAGGAGACAAGAGAGGAAUGACUGAUUACAACGGAGAGAUGCGGAGGGGAGGAAGAGGAGGAGGAGGCUACCGCAUGCCUAGUUCCAAAGACAUGGGUCCCGUUGACAUGGGGCCCUAUGGUGAAAAGAUGGGUGGCCAUGGGGGGUAUGUCGGCAGCGGCGGGGGGAUGCCUCCACCUCGAGGGAUGCACCAGCCUGGCAUGCAUCCCAUGAACCCCUCCCAGGGUUUACGUGCUCAAGUGCCUCAUCAGUACCUGUCUGCUCAGGUUCGUUGUUUCUGA